CAGAGACAGCCACUUAGAGGUUGAAGAAGCUGCUUUUCUGAGACUCCAAUGGCGUCCAUUGGUGCACUCAAAUUCUUGCUUUACUUACUUCCAUGUCUCCUCAUCCAUCUACCUCAUUCUCAAGGUAAGCGGAAUUGGAACGGUGAGUACCCAUUUAUCAGGAGAGGGAGUUCAAUGGAGUCUUGGGACAAUGGUGGUUAUGACUAUAUAAUAGUGGGAGGUGGCACUGCAGGGUGUCCAUUGGCUGCAACUCUGUCUCAGAAAUUCAAAGUUCUGGUGCUGGAAAGAGGAGGAGUCCCUUUCAACAACCCCAAUGUGUCAUUCCUGCAAAACUUUCACAUAGCUUUGGCAGACACUUCACCAACUUCGGCUUCUCAGUACUUCAUUUCAACCGAUGGAGUCUUGAAUGCAAGAGGAAGGGUUCUGGGAGGUGGCAGCUCCAUUAACGCUGGCUUCUACACCCGAGCAAACCCUAGAUUCAUAAGAAAGGUGGGGUGGGAUACACAGCUGGUGAACGAGUCUUAUCCAUGGGUGGAGAAGCAGGUUGUUCAUCGUCCAAAGUUUUCACAUUGGCAGAGAGCAGUUAGAGACGGCCUUCUAGAUGCUGGUGUCUCACCCUUUAAUGGAUUCACCUAUGAUCACAAGUACGGAACCAAAGUUGGCGGAACCAUUUUUGACAGAUUUGGCCGCCGCCACACCGCCGCUGAAUUGCUUGCUUCUGCAAAUCCUCAGAAACUCACUGUCCUCGUCCAUGCCACUGUCCAAAAGAUUGUUUUUGACACCACAGGAACAAAACCAAAAGCCAUUGGGGUUAUCUUCAAGGAUGAAAAUGGAAAACAGCAUCAGGCAUUUCUGGGGAGUGGGAGACAGAGUGAAGUGAUUGUGUCGAGUGGGGCAAUCGGCACUCCUCAAUUGCUACUUCUCAGUGGAAUCGGCCCCAGAGAAGAGCUUCAGAAAUUCAACAUCCCUGUAGUGCUUGAAAAUGAAUUUGUUGGUAAAGGCAUGGCCGAUAACCCCAUGAACACAAUCUUUGUCCCUUCAAAGAGACCGGUUCAGCAGUCACUCAUAGAAACUGUAGGUAUAACCAAUCUGGGUGUGUACAUUGAGACCAGUUGUGGCUUUAGCCAGUCCAAAGACAGCAUUCACUGCCACCAUGGUAUCUUGUCCGCAGAGAUUGGGCAGCUAUCCACAAUCCCACCAAAGCAAAGAUCACGAGAAGCUGUUGAGGCUUUUGUGAAGAGCAAGAAAGAUAUACCGAUAGAAGCAUUCAGGGGAGGGUUCAUACUGUCAAAAGUUGCGAAUCCUUGGUCAACAGGUGAACUGAGGUUGAUAAACACUAACGUGGAGGACAACCCUGCAGUUACCUUCAACUAUUUCAGCCACCCUUAUGAUCUCAAGCGCUGCGUGGAGGGUAUUCGCUUGGCGAUAAAGGUUGUGCAGUCGCAGCACGUGACAAACUACACCAUGUGCGACAAAGAAAGCGCAGAGAAAAUGUUGAACAUCACUGUGCAGGCAAAUAUCAACCUCAUACCCAAACAUGCGAAUGACACAAAGUCGCUGGAACAGUUUUGUAGAGACUCUGUGAUCACUAUUUGGCACUACCAUGGUGGGUGCCAUGUGGGGAAAGUAGUAGACUCUGAGUAUAAGGUUCUUGGUGUUGAUAGACUCCGUGUGGUUGAUGGCUCCACGUUUACUGAGUCGCCAGGAACCAAUCCUCAAGCCACUGUGAUGAUGAUGGGCAGGUACAUGGGACUGAAGAUUCUAAGGGACAGGUUGGGGAAAUUGGGUGGUGUUUAAGGAUGAGUCUCGAGUGUGUAGUAUGAAAUUGUCUCACGAAAAAUGAGAAAAAGGUUGUAAUUUGAAGACAAAAAGUACUAUUAGUAGUAGUAUCCUUUAGGGCUGGAAAUGGAUGUAUUUUGUUUGUUUAUUGUCAGUGAAGAGUGGUUAUCAAAUUAUGAAGUUAGAUUUGAGUUUUCUGAAAAAAAAAAGUUAUUGCAA